AUGCUUAGACUAGACCCAGUUAUCCACCCAGACACAAAAAACAAACGAUUCAAGUUUGAGGAUUUUCUCCGGAAGGAGUUCUCCUUCGGUCUAGAUCCAGACAGACCGGGUCCCUUCUGUCCAAACAAGCAUGUUCCAUCAAUGUACAAUAACAAGAUCGUGUGCAAGCACUGGCUCCGUGGUCUCUGCAAGAAAAACGACCACUGUGAGUUUCUCCACGAAUACAACUUGAGAAAGAUGCCCGAGUGUCUCUUCUACUCAAAGAACGGCUUCUGCACUCAGACCGCUGAGUGUUUAUAUUUGCAUAUCGAUCCCCAACAGAAAAUCCCUGAGUGCCCGCUUUACGAGCAAGGUUUCUGUCCCGAUGGUCCGGAUUGCCCCAAUAGACAUGUCAGAAAGAUCCUCUGUCCUCAUUAUGUGACUGGAUUCUGCCCCAAGGGCUAUGAAUGUGAUUACAGUCAUCCAAGAUACGACCCCAAUGUGGCCAGAGAGAGCAAGGUGAAGAAAUUGGUCAAGGGUGAGACGAGAGAAAUCGAAAAGAUCUCGUAUGACCAGCCACUCACGGACGUUGUAAGACCUCCUCCACCUCCACCACCUCCCCAGGCAACCUAG